GAAGGUGGAAGAUGACCCAGGAGACCAAUCAAAACCAAGUGCCCAUGUUGUGUCCGACAGGCUGCGGUUUCUAUGGGAAUCCCCGCACCAACGGCAUGUGUUCUGUCUGCUAUCGGGAUUACCUGCAGAGGCAGAACAGCAGCGAGAGAGUAACCCCCACAGGAACCACGGCUACCAGUACGCCGACAGACCCGGCCCUUGCUCAGAGCCUGGAGGCCAGCCCACAAGACCCCUCACCCGUCUCCGUCACUGCCAACUCCUCGCCAGUACAGGGCAUCUUGGAAAACGCCAGCCCAGCCAAUCGGACGGCCAGCCUGGAGAGUACGGAAGUAGCACAUGAGGAGAUUGCGGAAGCUUCAUCAUCAGCAGCCGAUGACCCACAGGGAUCCCAGGAUGAUCCAGAAAAGUCCCCAGAGAAGAACAAGAAAAGGAAUCGGUGCUUUCUGUGCAAGAAGAAAGUUGGCCUGACAGGGUUUGAGUGUCGCUGUGGGAACCUGUUCUGCUCUGUGCACCGAUACUCCGACAUGCACAACUGCUGCUUCGACUACAAGGCAGACGCUGCUGAGAAACUCCGUAAGGAGAACCCCAUGGUCGUUGGAGAAAAACUGCAGAAGAUAUAGAGAGGAACAAAGUCUGCGAAUAAACAGCGUUUCUGCAUGACUCCCAAUAUUAUACAUUUCACUUCCUGGGUUUGGUUUCUUUCCACUCCUCUUCAUUUUGAUUUACUUUUUCUUUUCUCUCCCUCUCUCUCUUAACUCUUCUCCAUCCUUUCAAAAACUGAGACUGUGUGAGAGAGAGCGUGAGUGUGUGCGCAUGCAUGAUCAGUCUGUGUGUGUGUGUGUGUGUGUGUGUGUGUGUACACGCACUCAGUCUGUGCGCACGUGUGUGUGUGUGUGUGUGUGCGCGCGCGCACUGUGUAUGUGCAUUCUCAGUCUCUGUGUGCGUGUGCACGUGCGCGAGAGAGGAGUGUGUGAGAGAGUGUGCAUGAGCACGUGUGUGUGAGCGAGAGUGCAUCUCUGAACAUUUCACACGGCGAAGGGGGCGAGGGAAUGGAAUCCUGAUGGGUGCUAUUUCCUUGUAUCAGAGAUAAUGGGAACUGCAGAUGCUGGAGAAUCCAAGAUAAUAAAACGUGAGGCU